AAAAUCAGUUCGUAUUCCUGCCAGAUGAUCUCACAGAGCAAACCGAGUUCCCCCUCCUAAUCUCAGGAAUGACACCCGAAGUAGAGGAAAUCAUGGUCAAACAUGGAGUAUAAGUUUGUAAAAUGUGUUUGCUACCUAAAAAAGAUAAAACAGCGCAUUCAGUAAACGUAUGCGCUUUAUACAUUCGAUGAACUUGAUGACUGAGAACGAGGAAUUAACGGGCUCGGUCCGUUAUCGCUUGUAAUAGACUGAGCCGGGGGACAAACAUGUCCGGGGAUGAAGACGGUUGUCCCGGGGCGCAACUGGUCACCGAGGCCGGGCCGAACUGGCUCCGGGCGGAGAUCGAGCGCCUGAGCCGGGAGCUGAGCGAGACGAGCCGGGAGAAGAUCCAGGCGGCGGAGUACGGUCUGGUGGUGCUGGAGGAAAACCAGCAGCUGAAACAACGCUUUGAAGAGCUGGAGAGCGAGUAUGAGACCGUCAGACAGGAGCUCGACCAGCUCCGAGAGGCCUAUGGCCAGGUUCACUCAACCCACAGAAAGGUGGCUGCGGACGGCGAGAGCAGGGAGGAGUCGCUCAUCCUGGAGUCGGCAUCUAAAGAGGCGUACUAUGAGCAGAGGGUGCAGGAGCUGCAGUCGGACCUACGACAAGCUAAAAACACCCUCACCGGCACCCAGGCGGAGAACGAGCGCCUGGCCACCCUUGCCCUCGAGCUGAGAGAGAAUAAUGAGAUUGUGGAGCUCCAGCGCAGUCGUCUGCGUGAUGAUAUCCGAGAGUACAAGAUCCGAGAGUCUCGUCUGCUGCAAGACUACACUGAACUGGAGGAGGAGAACAUCAGCCUGCAGAAACAAGUCUCCACCCUUAAACAGGGUCAGGUGGAGUUCGAGGGACUCAAACAUGAAAAUCGGCGAUUGGAAGAGGAAGUGCAGUACUUAAACAGCCAACUAGAGGAUGCCAUUCGGUUACGGGAAAUCGCAGAUCGUCAGCUAACGGAGGCUCUAGAAACCGUCAAGACCGAACGGGAGCAGAAAGCAGCCCUUCGGAAAGAGCUGACGCAUCACAUGACCUUGGGAGACUCCCUUCUCGCCAGCUCAUUGGACGGACUCAAAUUGAGUGCAGAUGAACCUAAUAAUGACGAUGCCAUUCUGACUCUUGAAAACGGAUUUGCUAAAGUCUGUGAAGGUAAUGAUGAAGAUAACAGAUUGUCUUCACCCAAGAGAGAUGAAAAUUUCCGUCCCGCACCAAGUCUGGUAGAUGACUUGUUGACCGAAUUGAACAUCUCUGAGAUCCAGAAACUCAAGCAACAGCUCUUACAGGUGGAGCGGGAGAAAGUCGCUCUUCUCACCACUUUACAGGACUCUCAGAAGCAGUUGGAGCACGCUCGAGGAGCGUUAGCUGAACAGCAGGAAGCUAUGACAAGACUUAGCGAUGAUUUGGGCGCAAUGCGGAGACUGCAGGCCGGCAAGGAGCGACAGUCGGCCCUGGACAGUGAGCGAGAGCGGGACAGUCGAGAGGACAACGAUGUGGACUAUUAUGAGCUGGACAUCAAUGGGCCAGAAAUACUUCGCUGCAAGUAUGAGGUGGCCAUAGCAGAGGCAGGUGAACUGAGGGAGGAGCUGAAGGGACUGAAGUCGGAGCAUGAUGAGAUGAAAACCGAACAUGAGGAAGUACGAACGCGACUGGAGGGACAUGUACGUGACCUUAGUAUUCAAGUGUCUCAACUGGAGUACAGUAGUCGUACAGAUCGUGAUAAAGUCGCUAAGCUAGAAAAGGAACUGAAGGAAGUGAGCGCAGUUGCAGGCGAGACCGAAGGAAGUCUCAGUGUCGCCCAGGAUGAGCUUGUUGCAUUUAGCGAAGAGCUGGCAAACCUCUACCAUCAUGUCUGCAUGUGCAACAAUGAAACCCCGAAUCGUGUCAUGCUCGAUUUUUACAAAGAGGGUAAAGGAAGCAAGACGGAAACUAAAGAUCGGCAGUCUACAUUAACGCAAACUAAUGAAAGUAAAGCCCAGACGUCAAGGUCAAACUCAAUCCCUGUUGACAGAGAAGAGCCACGUCCCGAACCGAUGGACGUCUACAACCUGGUUGCAAUCAUUCGGGAUCAGAUACGCCACUUGCAGAAGGCUGUGGACCGCACCACAGAACUGUCCCGGCAGAGAGUCGCCUCUUUAGAGUUGGCUGCAGUUGCGGAUAAAGACCAAGCUGCUUGCAUGGAGGAGAUUUUGAAGCUCAAGUCCUUACUGAGCACCAAGCGUGAACAGAUUGCCACACUCAGGACUGUGCUCAAGGCCAACAAGCAGACAGCUGAGGUCGCCCUGGCAAACUUGAAGAGCAAAUAUGAGAAUGAAAAGGCCAUGGUCACUGAAACCAUGAUGAAGUUACGAAAUGAGCUUAAGGCUCUUAAAGAAGAUGCCGCCACUUUCUCCUCUCUCAGGGCAAUGUUCGCCACCAGGUGUGAUGAGUAUGUGACACAGUUGGACGACAUGCAGAGGCAGCUGGCUGCGGCAGAAGAUGAAAAGAAGACUCUGAACUCUCUCUUGCGAAUGGCCAUCCAGCAGAAACUGGCGCUCACGCAGAGACUGGAGGAUUUGGAGUUCGACAACGAGCAGUCCCGCAGAGGAUCUGGUGCUGGGCCUGGUGGCCGUGGGAAGGCUCCGUCAGGACGAGGUCGAGGACCCUUAUCGUUUUCCAGCCCCCAUUAAUUUUAUUAGCUCUGGAGAUUAUCCGCAAAUGGUUACUCCACACGCUAUACGUCCAGAAUACACACACACACGCCUGGUCCAAUGUUUGGACAUUUUCCCUGGAUGUGGCUGCAAGGAAACACAGGCUCACAUCUACAGCCAGAUGGUUCAUGUACUCUUCUAUUCUGACUGUUACUGUGGUAUUUUAUUUCUGCUUUGUUUUUUGUGUAACCGUGCACUUUCAGUGCAGUAGUUCAUUUUAUGUAACAGAUGCACAUUUCAGUAUACUUGGCACAUUUUUGUUUUGUUCUUCUAAAUUUUACGUAUUUAACUGACAAAAAAUAAUAAUAUAAGGACGUUUGUUUGUUUGUUUGUUUGUAGUAUUUUAAAUGCCAGCAUAUUCCAGGGAGAACGCGUGUGUUAAAUAGGCCUAUAUCUGUGUGUCUUAUUCUUGCUCAAUAGUCAUACAUUUCUAAAGGCUGAUUUAUACUUUCGCCUGGUGCUGCAUCGCAACCUCCGCUGACUGCGCGUGCACCUUGUGGACAAAUGGACAAGGCUUUCAUACUCGACGCGUUGGCCAUUAAGUGAUUCUUUUAAAUGACAGGGGGCAGUCAAAAGAAACUGGCCAUAAAAUCAGAUGCAUUAACAUUGAAGUAGGAAUUUUCUGGAACAACGUCAUGUCUUUAAUAUCAUUCAAGAUUUUUAAUAUAAUUCAUUCCUUCAUUUUCCUUUGGCGUAGUCCCUUUUUUCAUCACAGCCAAUUUAGUUUAUUCAGUUCAACCUAUAGCGCAUGAGGGAAACUGGAGCACCUGGAGGAAACCCACGCCAACAUGGGUAGAACAUGCAAACUCUACACAGAAAUGCCAGCUGGGGCUCAAACCAGCAAAUUUCUUGCUGUAAGGCGACGGUGCUAACCACUGUGCCAUCAUGCUGCCUUUUAAACUAAUAAUUUGCAUAAAUUAUUUCAAAUUUUUGAAUGAUUAUAUAGAUUUUUAUAAUCAUUUAAUUUUUUUUAAAUCAAAUUUUAAUGCAUCUCUUGCUUUUGUUUAAAUGUCGGACAGUUCUUUCUAUUUAACUUCAUUAACGUUCUAAUGUCUACAGAACUUGGGUUGCUCUACAAAUUUAUAUUUUUGAUUAUGGCAAGAAUAAAAGCACAAAAAAAAGCACACUUACUAAAAAAUUCUGACCAAUUUAGCCAAAUCCAUGAUUCACACAUUACUGUUUGGCUAGUUUGUGUCCUCUAGUUAUAUGCUUAAAAUGCAACAAUGGUCCAACAUUCCUGACCAUUUUCACCAGUAGGCAUGGGCUGGUAUAAGAUUCUAAUGAUGUGAUAACCUUGGAUAAAAACAUUACGGAUAUCACAGUAUUGUGAUUACUGCUCUAAAAUAUAUUCUUUUUUAAAUGUUAGGUAGAAAGCUAAAACUUUCCCCCCAUUGAACACGAUAUAUUUUAUUUUAGGAAACAUUUAUAAUAUUUUGGAGCAGUAAACUUGUCAGGCUGAAUAAUUCAAUUGAUUCAUUGACUUCUGCUGUCUUCAUUAGUUUCAAAAACACUGAUUUUCUUUAGCCUUUUGGAUAUCUUUUCUGCUGGAGAGACUUUUGUAUAUACCGUAUACUUACAUAUACCGUAGGAACGGUAUAGCAGAAUAUUUUGCCAGUUUUAAAACUGACUUUUCCAAACCGUGGUAGAGCUUGAAACCGGUUAUCGUCCCUUGCCUAAUAAUCACUAAAGCCUAGAAAAACAGGACAUCAGUAUUGUAACUACCCGCCGGUUAUUAAACAGUCCACGCUUCCCAAAUACUGAUGUCCGUGCGUUUCAUUUAUUGAACACAGUGAAAACUAAAAA